AUGACUUUCAAAGCUUUGUACUUGGGAGUCAACAGGCUAAAAGAGUAUUAUGUAUUGCUAGAUAUACCUACAAAUCGACAAAAUUCAUACCAAUUUUUUCUCUAUCUGAAUCAAUAUAAAUACCAAGAUACAAUUUAUAAUCGUAGAGCACAUAAACUAUGUAGCGAAAUUGGAAAAGCACCAAAAUUACUCUACAUUAACAAGGAGAUGGUGGAUGGUUUAUAUAUGGUAGUGAUGGAUUAUGUUGAGGCUGAACCACUUUAUAACUGUAGCUCACUUAGUCGUAAUGAAUAUAAGGCGAUUUUAAGGGAUGUCAAAGAUGCUAUUGACAAAUUGUAUGAGGAAA